UGCUAUUUGGCUCUUUAUCCCGAAAAUUAAUAGGGUUCUCCGGUCGGCCCGCCCUCGCCCUCGCCCUCGCCCUCCUUCUUCGCGUUUCGCGCUUCACCACUCGCUCUUCUUCUUCUUCUUCUUCUUCUUCUAGGGUUUUGCAUCCGACGGCGGGUGAAGCUCUGACGCUGGCCGACUGAAGCUCCGACGUUUGACACUUUCACUUAUCGGCUCUCUCUCUCUCAGACUCAAACUCACAACCUUUGCCCAGUGAUCUCCUUCUCCGUUUUGUCUCCUCGGCGUCUCUGAGUGAGGGUCUCCUUGCUUCUAGUCAACUCUGAUUCUGACAAAUGGAAAAGACAAGCAUACUUGUGGCAUGUGGCCUUACCAACAUGAAGCUAUUAUGAUUUACAAGCACUUGUCAUCAAGAGAUUAUACGGGUACAAUUGAUGCGGAAUCAAGAAUUUAUGCAAAUACGAAAGCCAGGGAAUAGAAAUCAGAGCAGUUAACAAAUCAAACCUCCUCCAAGUUUGGAAGUGUGAGAAAGUGGGAGACUUAGAGUUGAUCUUGAGAGGAAAAUCAAAUCAAAUUCAGAUUGAGAUGAGAUGAGCCAACAACAGCCUCAUUGUCAAGCCACUAUUAUCAUGCCUGACGCUCAGCCUCUGCCUCAGCUCUCAUUUCGGGCUUCAGCCUCCAUGCCCCAAACUCAAACUCAAGCUCAAGCUCAAGCACACACUAACUAUGCGGAUCAAGCUUUGAUCCCUUUUCCUACUCCUCAACCUCCCGCUCCGGCUCUAUUUAGAGCAACUGUAUUAGUUGAUGGUGCCAAAUAUACUUCUCAAAAGACCUUUUCCACCUGUAAAGCUGCUGAACAAGACGUUGCCAAACUUACGCCGAAGUAUAUAUCCCAGAAAAAGCAUGAUGAUGGUUUUCCAUGGGGAUUUCCAGAUGCAUUGCCUCUUAUUCACAAGGACACAGUCUUUUGCAAGUCUAUCUUGAAUGAAUUUGCUACUAAGAUGAAUAUGGAAAUGCCUACUUACAACACCAUUAAACCCGAAGGAUUGCUUCCGGUGUUCAAUUCUUCUCUGGUUUUCAAUGGUGUUUCCUACACUGGUGGCGCCGGUAAAAAUAAGAAAGAGGCUGAACGAUUGGUGGCUCGUACCAUUAUUUUGUCACUUUUGGGUGAUUCUAGAAUGGGGAGAGUUCUUUAUGAUAUCAUUAAAUCUAAAGUCAAGCUCUAUGCUGCGUUGCAUAAGGUUAGUAACCUUAGCACUGUUCCUUCAAUGGCAAACAUGACGCAUUGUUCUGAGGGCGUGUCUGGUAAAGAUGUUGGAGCUGAAGCCAGUUUGGCUGCUAACAAUGCUCUAACAGCUGCUAGUAGUCUCCCAACAGUUGUUGAUAAUGCUGCGGCUGGUGCCGUUCCCGACUCUGGAAAUGGGGUGCCAACAUGUAAAGUCCAGAUAGUUGGGCCACAACCUUCUUUUGGAGUAAACAAUCUACUUAUGCGAGCCACUCAAGCAACUGAAUUUCCAAUUGCUGUUCCAGACUCUGGAAAUAGGCCGCCAAAGCAUGAAUUCAAGGCACAAGAGCCAGAACAUUCUUUUGGAGCAAACAAUCAACAUGAGCCAGCCUCCCAAGCAACUAAAUUACCAAUUCAAUUUGUGCAUCCAACUUCUGCACUCUUUAUGGAAACUGGUCCAAGUUCAAAGAAGCGCCGUAAGAACAAGAAGAAGGCUAAUAAGAGAUUGUGCACUGGUGCUCAUUGAGUUUUCUCUUCUUCCCCAAACUUUUACUUCUGGUGUACACCUAGUAAGGAUUUAGUGUCCUGAGAUUUAAAUUUGCCUAAAAAUAUUUUUAUUGCAUAAGUAGAUGAAUUUUACUCUGCAGUUUGAUUUGGAGGUCACUACACUUUCAAGUUUGUUGUGCUACUCAUAAAUAUAAUUACUGUAGGUUUCUAGGGCAAAAAAAAUUGUAUAUUGCUCUAUUGAACUACAUUUACACGGCUUUUAUAGGGAAAACAUACCACCUAAUUAGGUAUAAAAAUCCCUCAAUUA